AUGGAUGGCUUGAAUGUCUCCAUUGGGUUUUUUUUCCUGGUUGUUGGGGUGUGCCAGGUGCUCAGGUGGCUUUCCAAGAGGCUUCUGUCCCCCGCAACACAUGGCUGCCUUGCCAGGGAAUUUGCUGGCUCGUUCCAGUUGUGCAUGAGCUGCCUCGAGCUGAGGAUGCUGAUGGAGAUCGGCCCCUGGGGUGGUGGCUUCAGCCUGGACCUGGUCCUGACCCUGCUCUUCCUCCUCUCCGCUGUCCACGGCGCCUCUUUUGAGGGAGCAUCCGCCAACCCGACCGUGUCUGUCCAGGAGUUCCUGCUCCUGGAGUCCAGCCUGGCAGCGAUGGUGGCCAAGCUGCUGGCCCAGGGGGUGGGUACAGGGACGGGCUGGGCCGUCACCCGGCUCUACUGGUCCUGGGAGCUGACACAGCUCCACUUCAUCCAGAACCUGAUCGGGCCGGAGUGCAGCUCCCCCAUCCGCGCCUCCCUGCCCCACGCUGCCUUCGUGGAAGGCUCCUGCUCCUUCCUGUUCCACCUUGUCUUCCUCAAGGUGCGACAGAGCCACCCCCUGUACCGGGUCCCCGCGCUGGCAGCGGCCGUCACCUUCCUGACCUACACAGCCGGACCGUACACAGGGGCCUUCUUCAACCCUGCCCUGGCCACAGCCACCACCUUCCACUGCUCGGGGAGCAGCUUCUGGGACUACCUCCAGGUUUACUGGCUGGGGCCCCUCGCAGGGAUGCUCGCUGCCCUCCUGCUGUUCCAGGGCAACAUCCCACGCCUCUUCCAGAAAAACCUCCUCUACAGCCAGAAGAGCAAAUACAAGGUGCCCAAGGCAAAGGUGACAGUGCAGGUGGAGGGUGACAAACCACAGAGGAAGAGGAAAGUGGAGAAAAGCAACUUGGAGCCCUGUGCCUGA